AUGGCUUCCGUUUCCGAUCUCCGAAAGAGGGUAAGUUCGAUUGGCAUUAAGAAUGAUCCCAUAUGGAAGACUGGCGACAUGGCCACUGCUUCUGCCCUGACGCGAAAGGAGUUAAAACUGAGGAAGUUGAAGCAGAAGACGUUGUACGCAGAACUGUGGGAUCUUACUAACGUGGGAUGCACGGUAGAAGAGUUGUUAAAUCAGUUGGUGAGGGAGGAGGGUCCUUCCGUCACUCAAACAAAUCUGCUUCGCUGUGCUAAACUUUUUGACAAGGCGGGCAAAAAAUCAACAAGCUCUGGAGAUCUGUGA